AUGUUUAUUAAUCGGUGAUUAUUUUCUACAAAUCACAAAGACAUCGGUACUUUAUAUCUUCUAUUCGGCGCUUGAGCCGGAAUAGUAGGCACGGCUUUGAGUUUACUAAUUCGAGCAGAAUUAGGCCAACCUGGAGCCCUGCUAGGAGAUGACCAAAUCUACAAUGUAGUCGUAACAGCCCAUGCAUUUGUUAUAAUCUUUUUUAUAGUUAUACCUAUUAUGAUUGGAGGAUUCGGAAACUGGUUGGUUCCUUUAAUAAUUGGAGCGCCUGAUAUAGCAUUCCCCCGAAUAAACAAUAUAAGCUUCUGACUUCUACCCCCAUCUUUCCUCUUACUUCUCGCUUCAUCAAUAGUAGAAGCUGGGGCCGGAACAGGAUGAACAGUAUACCCACCAUUAGCUGGAAACCUUGCCCAUGCAGGAGCCUCCGUUGAUUUAACAAUUUUCUCUCUGCACCUAGCAGGGGUUUCAUCAAUUCUAGGAGCUAUUAAUUUUAUUACUACUAUUAUUAAUAUAAAACCACCAGCUAUGACACAAUAUCAAACACCCCUGUUCGUCUGAUCAGUAUUAAUCACAGCCGUAUUACUCCUACUCUCAUUACCUGUUCUGGCAGCUGGGAUCACAAUAUUACUAACAGACCGAAACUUAAAUACCACUUUCUUUGAUCCUGCAGGGGGAGGAGACCCUAUCUUGUAUCAACACUUGUUCUGAUUUUUUGGGCACCCUGAAGUAUACAUCUUAAUCUUACCUGGGUUUGGAAUAAUUUCACAUAUUGUAACAUAUUAUUCAGGUAAAAAAGAGCCUUUUGGUUAUAUAGGAAUAGUAUGAGCUAUAAUGUCAAUCGGAUUUCUAGGAUUUAUUGUAUGAGCCCAUCAUAUGUUUACCGUAGGAAUAGACGUCGACACACGAGCAUACUUUACAUCAGCUACUAUAAUCAUUGCCAUCCCUACAGGAGUAAAAGUAUUUAGCUGAUUAGCCACCCUGCAUGGAGGAAACAUUAAAUGAUCCCCUGCAAUAUUAUGAGCAUUAGGGUUCAUUUUUUUAUUCACAGUAGGGGGAUUAACAGGAAUCGUACUAGCCAAUUCCUCACUAGACAUUGUCCUACAUGAUACAUACUAUGUCGUCGCACAUUUCCACUAUGUAUUAUCCAUAGGAGCCGUAUUUGCUAUUAUAGGAGGCUUCGUCCACUGAUUCCCCUUAUUCACAGGAUACACCUUACAUUCCACAUGAGCUAAAAUUCACUUUUUCAUUAUAUUCACAGGAGUAAACAUUACUUUCUUCCCUCAACACUUCCUAGGUUUAUCAGGAAUACCACGACGAUACUCUGACUACCCGGACGCCUACACAUUCUGAAACACAGUUUCAUCCAUAGGCUCAUUUAUCUCUCUAAUGGCUGUUAUAAUCAUAAUUUUCAUAGUCUGAGAAGCAUUCGCUUCUAAACGAGAAGUAAUAACAACCGAACUAACUUCAAUUAACCUAGAAUGACUUCACGGAUGUCCUCCUCCAUAUCAUACAUUUGAAGAACCAACAUACAUCAAAACACUAUAA